CAAAACUUCUCCCUGCCCUCUAAAAGGAGUCAAAGUCUGAUCGAAGCCGACAAACAGGAAAAAAGUGCCCGAUUUCGUUUCAACACGAGGUUUUCUUUCUUUUUUUUUUUUCGUGUAAGCCGAUGGAUCGUUUCUGUCUUCUGGUUCUGAUGCCGUUUUUCCUGACGCUUCUUCCUGUUGACGCAGAAGCAAAUGGACAAGUUCUCAUCAGACAAAAGCGAGACUGGAUCACUGCUCCCAGGAAGCUGAUAGAGAACAAAGAUUACACUGGAUUAGCUAGCAUUGCUCGGAUUCGUUCAGAUAAGGAGAAUUUUACAAAGAUCUUCUAUUCAUUAAAGGGGCCUGGUGUUGACCAGCCUCCUAUUGGCAUAUUUGGUGUCAACCGUGACACAGGCUAUGUGAAAAUCUUCGCCAUCCUGGACCGAGAGGCAAUGCCCUUCUACCAUUUGCUUGGUGUGGCACAUUUUGCCAAUGGGAGUCUCGCCGAGAAAGAUAUUGAUCUUAAAAUCACAGUUGAAGAUGAAAACGACUGCCCACCAGUGAUUGAAAUUCAACAAAUCGGAUAUGUCAAAGAAGCCAGCGCGGCAGGCACUGCUAUCAUGAGAGUGAGAGCUACCGAUGCUGAUCAACCCAACCACCCUAAUUCUCAGAUCCGGUACAGUAUUGUGGAACAGGGUUCAUCGGCUGGGAUGUUCUUCAUUGACCCCGACACUGGAGACAUCAUGGUUCAACGGAACACUCUAGAUAGAGAGACACAAGAUACAUACAAGGUGAUGAUAAAAGCGUCUGACUUAAAUGGGCAACCAGGAGGACACACAGGAACAGGAGAAGUUGAGAUCAAACUUUUGGACAUAAAUGACAAUAUUCCCACCCUGGAAAAAGAAUCGUAUGAAGGCAGUGUGGAGGAGAACACCAUUAAUCUGGAGGUGAUGAGGAUCCAAUCCAGGGACAUGGACCUGAAGUACACUGACAACUGGUGGGCUGAGUACAGCUUUGCUUCAGGGAAUGAGGCGGGAUACUUCAGCAUUGUUACUGACAACAAGACUAACGAGGGGAUCAUCAUAAUUCGCAAGCCGCUGGACUAUGAGGCACUAAAAGUGCUCAAUUUAGAAGUGGCCGUCUCAAACAGGGCAGCGUACAACUUUGGCUCCACAACGACAGGUGGAGGCAACAUAACCACAAAAUCUUACCCCAUUACAAUCAACGUGGUCAACCAGAAGGAAGGACCUCACUUCCACCCCGCCGUCAAAGUGGUGUCUCUGUCCGAGGAUCGCACUUCAGUUGCCAUCAAUAAAAUCAUCGCAAAUUACGCCGCCACUGACAGUGACACUCUGAAAACUGCCACGAAUGUCAGGUAUGUUAAAAUUCGUGAUGCAGACAACUGGUUGAUUAUCGACGAAAAGACAGGAGACAUCAGACUGAACAAACUGCCUGAUCGAGAGUCCAAAUUCUUGAAGAAUGGAACGUACUUUGCUGAAAUUAUCUGCACUACCAAUGACUCUCCAUCCAAAACUGCCACAGGGACCAUAGCCAUACAGGUGGAGGACUUCAAUGAUCACUGUCCAGAGCUGACCACCACAACUCAUACCAUGUGUCUCAAGGAUAACGUAAUCUAUGUCACAGCUGUUGACCAAGAUGAUUUCCCCAAUUCAGCACCAUUUGAAUUUACUGUAAAUCAGGAGCGCAGCAAGGGCAAAUGGACAGUGGAGCAGUAUAAUGACACAACAGCCAUUCUUCGAGACCAUGCCAAAUUGUGGCCAGGCAUCUAUUCAGUGGCAGUGGAGGUCAGCGAUCAACAGGGAAAGUCAUGUGCUGAUGUCCAAAUGGUGGACAUAACUGUGUGCACGUGCACCGAUGACACGAAAACCUGUGUGGGCCGUCGCACCAAGACUACAAGUUUGGGAGCUGGAGGGAUCCUGCUCCCGCUGCUGGGACUCCUGCUUCUGCUGUUGGUGCCGCUUCUGCUGCUGUUCUGUCUGUGUGGAGGCGCCAGUACGGGAGAUUUUAAAACCAUUCCAUUUGAUACGAAACAGCAGCUGAUCGCGUAUCACACUGAGGGGCAAGGUGAAGAUAAGGAAGUUCCCCUCAUGACUGCUCCAGUCGAAGUUGACCAUGGGGCAAAAGGGGCUGCAAACUUCAAUACCUUUGGAAGGCAUUGCUACUACGGAGGAAUAACUGCCGGAGAACUAGCUGCCGGAGGAGCAGCGCUAGGAGGCGGUUUCUCUACAUUGACGACAGAAAACAUACACCAGCAUGGUCAGUACCAACACAGCAGCGGACACAUGGACAUGGCUACCGGGCUGAUAUCAGGAGGAGAACACCACCUCUCCACUUACAGAGCCGACGUAUAUGAGGGGAUGGCCCUAUCCGAAGAGUUCCUGGGGGAAUACUACACAAGUAAAGCCAACCAUGCUGCACUGCAGUCCCAGGAGAAGGACGCUAUGCUGGUCUAUGACUAUGAGGGUCGCGGAUCCCCAGCGGGCUCAGUGGGUUGCUGCAGCCUUCUCGAAAACAAUGAUGACCUUGCUUUCCUCAAUGACAUUGGACCUCAGUUCAAAACAUUGGCAGAAAUUUGCCAGGGAAAGUCCUUGGUGACUGAAUCUGUGGCUGUAGAUUUGUCUGUCCUUGCACCCACACCAGUGUCUCCUGUCCGGCCCUCCACCCACACACACAUCCACACACACACAGAAACACUCAGUGACCAGGCCAGUGCCAACAUUAAAACCACCAAUGUAGCUUCUGGAUCCUCCACCAUCAUCCAGACGGAGCACCUCACUGAGAGAGCACAGUCAACAGCUGCCCCUAACGUGCACAUCCAGGACAAUGUGGUGAUUCCCAAUCCGACACUGCUCGUACAGCAGCCAGCUAUGUACUAUGCUGCUACUCCCAUGUACGUAGUUGAUGCCAAGCCUCAGGUGGUCUAUGUGGCAGGAGGAACACAGCAGCCACUGGGUCAGGUUGGAGUCAGUCAAGGCCUGGUACAAGUUGGAGGCCUCCAAGGUUCUCAGGAGGUGGUACUUGUAGAUAGGCAAGUUGGAAUGGGUGGAGUGGCAGCACAGGCAGCCCCAAGUGUUUUAAAAGGAACCAUGUCAAAGACCAAAAAAGUGCUGUUGGUGGAGAAUGGGUCUGCAGGUGGAGGGCAUAGUGCUCAGCUAGGGCAGGGAUUUGUCCAGGUAGGACAGGGGUCGACAGUUAUCGGGGGGCUACAGGGUUCUCAGGGCGUGUUACUUGUUGACAGGCAAGUAGGAGCGGGUGGAGGGGCGGUGCAGGCAGCAUCAUUAGGACGUUUGUCGAGGUCUUCUGUUGGAUCACAUGGCACACACUCACCACAGGGAUUCGUCCAGAUAGGACAGGGUUCAACAGAGCAGGGAUUAGAUGUCAGAAGUCAAGAUGUACUCAUGGCAUCUCAGAGUUCCUUGCUGGGGUCUGAUGAAGACUUUGCCAUAGCAUCCAAACCCAUGGUGCCAAGUGGCCAGAGAGUGAUGGUGCAACGUAAGAAGGUGUCAGUCACUGAGAGAACCACCGACUCCAGUAUAAGAGCAUAAAUCAUUUGCUGUGAGUGUGAACUCUUAUGUUGUCUUGUAUCGUGACUGUAAUGCUGCAGUCACAUGCUGGUGGCAAGUAAAAACCCAUCGUACCGCACAUUAUAGGUUUAUAGAUUUUGAUUAAUUUUCUUGUGUUAAUGAGACGGAGAGUAAUUGAACAUAAUUGAAAGCUGUGGUACAGUUUUCUACAUUUUUAUAUUAAAACAGGACACACUGGCUGUGAUUGUUGAUUAAAAACUCAAGGUUUUGGGUCAUUUUAAUGCUGAAGUUUUGCCGGUGAUGUUUGUUUUGUCUCUGCACUAAAAUAUUACAUCAAUCGCUGUCCAUCUUCCAUUACCUUUAAUGGGAAAUCAACACCUGCUUUGUGUUUGUCGCUGCAGCUAGUGGAAAAGGUGAACAUUUUAAACAUGUAGAAAAGUCGCGGUGUAUGGCUGCCACGCUCCCAGCCAGCCGCAACGGAAUUUUAUGAAUGUCAAUUUGCCAUCUGCUACACACCAACAGCUUAGCGUCUGUUGGUGAGGAACAGUUUAUUAACCUUGACUUCGUGGACGCUGCCGUCAUCUUUGCAGAAUCAAUGGACACUCUGAUUACAACACUUGAGAAGUGGAGUGAGAAAUUGGAGUAUCUGGGUUUGUGGUUGCCGUGGGUCAAGACUUAGAUCAAGGCUUUCAAUGACUUCCUAGAUAAGCCAUCAGAAGUACACUAUGUGGUCAAUGUGUUGAACUUGUAGCGACAUUUAGUUAUCUCAGCAUUGACAUUCCUGUCUUUGAGUCGUUGGCCUUUGAGCCACGUGGGAAGAGUUUAUGGAGUGGAGGUUGCUGGACAGAGGUAUUUGGCGAUGCCAAUACCUUUGCAGUAGAAUGGAGGUCUGGAACUUUAGGAUCCUGGUAGUUCCUGUCUUACUGGUAUGGCUGUGAGAUUUGAGAUCUAAAGUGAUGACCAGAUGUCUUUGGUACCAGGUUUUGCCGGAGGAUCCUUAGGUACUGCUGGAAUGCCAGUAUGAGGAAUACCAGUUGCAUUACUAUGACAUUUUUGGCAAUGUGGCACAUUUGUCUGCAUGAUCCAGCAUGCAGUUGCCUCAGUGUUGAGAACCCCAGUCGCUGGAGAAGUCCAUGGGAACCUCCAUGUAAACAGAUGGUUCCGUUCUUCAGAUGGGGAUGGGCCACUUGUCUGUCCUGGUGGUUGUCAUCCAGGACCCCAGGUGGUUUUGUGGUAUUGUGGAUGUGGCAAAGCGUGGCACCAGACCUGUAAACUACCAACGUGACUGCAGCAAGACAGUCGUCAGAUUUUGCUUUCGUUAUGGGAUGCACAUAUAGUAUUUAGUAAAUGAAUUAUGGUAAAUUAAAUCUGCGCUUCAAGUAAAAAAAAGCAAAAAAAAAAAAAAAAAAAGUGUUGUCAACAAUACCGGAAAGUAAUGUUUGAUUUAUUGGUUUACUAAUGUCUGGAACAUCAUUUUUAUUCCCCUGGUAUGAAAUAUCGGGGUUUAUAGCAAUCAGCAUGUCCGCCUGUCCGUUUUCACUUAGCGCAAUAUCUCAAGAACCAGUUGACCAAUUUCAUUCAUAUUUAGCAUAAGGGUGUACUUGGGUGAUCCCCCAACACCAGUAGAUUACGGUGACCUUGAGGUCAAUUUCAAGGUCACAGCCAGAUGUUCAAGAUAUUGUCAUUGCCACCCUUGUUAGCACAAUAUGAUAUCUCAAGAACCUGUUGACCAAUUUCAUUCAUAUUUAGCAUUAGGGUGGACUUGGGUGAACCCCGACACUUUGUAUUACUGAUUUGUGGGACCCAUUGGGGGGAUACAUAAUCUCCUGAUGACUCUUGUUUACGAUGCCAUUGCCCACAAAAACCUUUCCUGUCACACCCCAGCCAUCUGACAACUUCAAAUCUGGCUGUCUAGUUUUUCUGGGUGGAUACCUGCAGCUUUUCACACAGCUGAAGCAAACUAAGGAGAUAAACAAGUCAGACAUAUUUACCUAUCAACCAUAUAAAAUAGAAACGGUCUCUAACGUGACCUAAUCAUCACAGAGAAACAGGAAAAACCAGUAUGCAAACAUAAGCUCAGGAAGCUACCGCUGUCUGCAACAUGCACAUCUAAUCUCUCAGAUCAUAUCCUUUCCAGUGUCAGACAGAAUUCCAGUGCACUCAUUCAAAGCAUGUUAGGGAGAUGGGGAAAAGUACGACAAACAUUAUGUAGGAGCAGAUAACAAGAGUUGAAAGUGAGUUUGGAAAGGCACUGUUAAAUAUACUAUUCACUGUAAUCAUUCUGUGCUUUGGGGAAGUAAAGCUUGAGGUUCUUGCACUUUUGCAUAAAUGCAACAACACAACAUGCAAUUUUCCUCCGGGAUUAAUAAAAUAUUCUGAUUGUGAUUCCAUUAAUUCACUUUAAAAUAAAGUCAUUCACCUGAAUUCUUCAGUUGUUGAUCUAUAAGUCCUGUUGAGAUGUAUUAGCCCUAUAAGUUUUGUUUUGUUUCAGUGGCAAAUGUGGUUGGAUCUGCAUUUGACCACAGAAUUUAGAAGCAAAUUCAAUUUCUAACUUCAUUCAUCUUAUGAUUUGUUAUUACGGUGCAGCACUUUGGAGCAUGCAUGCAUGCAAAAUCAGCGGAACAACUCCGGCUUGUGUUUCUCUCUACGUGGAUUCACAUUUUUUAAGGCUAAUAUUGCAAGAUACUUCAGGAAUAUGAAUACCCUGAAAUCACCAAAGUUUAAAAUCUGGACGGCCAUUCAAAUUUCACAAAACUGACAAAAUUUAGUUUCUACUGAAAUCCAAUGUUAUCAUGUUGGUUUAUUUUUGAAACGUCUUGCAAAAUUACAGCUAUACCCAGGUUUUUGGGGGGAAUUCCAUAAUGAAUAUUUUAUUUUCCUUUUAACACUGUCUAUAGCAAGACGUGCAUUUGCGCAUGUAUGAGGAAUUGAAAUGGCCUAAAAUUACCUUUGACCUUGCAUGUUGCAAGUGGUGUGCAUGCUAACAUCCAUAAAAUGUCUUGUAAAUCACUUCAGAGCUGUUACCUGGUUGCAAAAACUGUUUUUAGAUUUAGAAGUGUUUAUUUUUUGCUAACUUUUACAAAAUAUAUGAGAAACAUGUUAGAUUUAUACAGAAAUACACUGUUUUGGAGCAUUUUCCACCACUGACUUGCGCAACAGAUGCUGGAAAGCCCUCGCGUGAUCUAUGAUGUCUCUAUCAUAGACUGUAUAGGUCACAACCCUAAAUAGUUCAAGGCCAUCUGUUUGUUGUUGUUUUACUAUUAUUUUCACCUUCAGGGUAACUAUUUAUUCAAUUUUUUUUGGACAACGUGAAUUUUGAUCAUAUUGGUAAUAUAGUAUUAUGAAUCCCCUAUUUAAAGGCAGCUAAUAAAUAGAAUUAUAGUGGUGCCAAAGAAAAUUAUUUUUCUGACUUGCAUCUUAAAAAUUUGAAAGGCCAUUCAGCUUUAAGGGACUGUCAGGAACACAAAUCACAACACAGUCAGUUACUUUUGUUCACUGCAUUUUUGCUGUAAUACUCAGCAAAAGAACAAAUACGACAGAGAAUUGCACUGACUUUACGUGCCCGCACCCCUGCAUCGUGAUGUGUUGCAUUGUCUUUAAAGACACAACACAGUGGGUGAACUUCCAUGUGAGGUUUGCCUCAAUGCCACAUCACAUCAUAGCAGCUAUCAUAUUAACUAGCAUGUUCCAUAAUGCAAUUUUACAACAUUCUGUCCUACAGACAGCAUAAAUUAUUCCAAAAAUAGAUUGAUAUAUUUUAUAGUCACUUGUAAGACAACAUGGACAGGACAACCUUUCCUUCAUGUAAGCGUUAUUACCACUACUAGCCCUGUCUCUCCAGCGGGUUUUCCAUGUUAGCUUAGAUAGCUAGCAUGUAGCUAUCUU